GAAAAGGGCCAAAGGCCUCAAAACUCGAGGUUACGUUAAGGUUUCGAGAGGGCGCCCUUCAAAUUGUCCUUUCGCUUUACACUGCUCAUAAUCCAAAAUGGCUGACGCUGCAUCAGGAGAGGUUAAGAAGAAGCGUACCUUCAGGAAGUACACCUACAGAGGUGUGGACUUGGAGCAGCUUCUGGACAUGUCCAAUGAGCAGCUGAUGGAACUUCUGUGCUGCCGUCCACGCCGUAAGUUCAACCGCGGCCUGAAACGCAAGCCCAUGGCUUUGAUCAAGAAGCUGCGCAAGGCCAAGAAGGAGGCUCCCCCCAUGGAGAAGCCCGAGGUGGUCAAGACUCACUUGAGGAACAUGAUCAUUGUGCCCGAGAUGGUCGGCAGCAUCGUUGGUGUUUACCAAGGAAAGACCUUCAACCAGGUUGAGGUCAAGCCCGACAUGAUCGGCCACUACCUGGGCGAGUUCAGUAUCACCUACAAGCCAGUCAAGCACGGUCGCCCCGGUAUCGGUGCUACCCACUCCUCAAGAUUCAUCCCUCUCAAAUAGAUCGUCCAUAGACCACUGGCAGAGACCAUGGGAAGGGCAGGGGGUGUUUUAGUGUGGGACCUUGUGUAAUUAAUGAUGAUGACGAUGAUGAUGAUGGGAGGAAAAAAAGUUAAAUAAAACUAGGCUGGGGAUGCCUUAAAGUGAGAAGUAA